UCCGGUAUCCGCGGCGACAUGACGCAACUGCACAACACGUUAACCUCGUCCCCAAGCUUGCUCUUCACGUGUGAGACACAUUUUAAACUUUAAGCAGUCGCCGAAUAAAGAGGAUUGUGGCUAGAAAAAAAAUCCCUUUGCUGUAAAUCACAUGACGAAAGUGUCACUCCUUUAAAAUUCAACAGUAUCUUUCGUUUUGUAGCGUUGUUAGCGCGUCUUUAUUCCUCUAAUUGUGUUUAUUUUUUGUAAAAACAAAUUUUUGGGAAGAUGACUUCCCAGGAGGUCCGUCUGUGCGGGCUUCUGCUUCGGGAGCACUUUGGAGAAGUUGUGGAGAAAGUGGGCACAACUCUGCUCAGAGGUGGCACACAAAAUCUGAGGAGCAUCCUUCAAGAAACUGGUGUCUCUCUCGACUUGGUGAAGAAGUCGCUCUGUGUGCUGGUGCAACACGGAACUUGCGUGUUCAGCCCGGGCCGCAAAGGACGCGGCAGCCCCAGCGAAUAUCGCGCCAGCUGCCACCUCAUCCUGAGGAUCCUCCGCUACCCACGCUACAUCUACACCGCCAAGACGCUCUACGGCGACACCGGCGAGCUCAUCGUUGAGGAAAUGCUGCAGAGAGGUCGCGUGACCAUGAGCAACAUCGUUAAAACAGUCGCGGAUCGCCUCACGCAGACCAUGGAAGAGGGCCACAGCAUGGAAUACAAGGAAGUGUGUUCUGCCUUUUCCAAAUUGGUGGAGACUCAUUUUCUUCAACGCUGCCCUCGGACGGCAAGCAAAGCCGCUGCGGAUUCUGAGGAAGCUCCCGCCAGCACCGAGCCGCCGGCUCCAGAGAGUUUUGCCGACUGCUACACGGUGCCGCAGGUGACGCUGGUAGGACGAGGAAAGAGGCAGCUUGAGGAUGCCAAAGAGCAAAGCGUUGCAAAGAAGGCCAGGACGGACUCAGCGACUCACGGCGACGAGGGCAUUUACUGGCAGGUGAACUUUGAGCGAUUCCAUCUGCACUUUCGAGACCAGGCCAUCAUCAGCGCGGUGGCCAACAAGCUGGACCAGACCAGCAGUGAGAUCAUAAGGACCAUGCUGAGGAUGAGCGAGGUGACCACCCCGCCCGCGGCCGCCUCCACCAAACCCCUGUCGGCCAACGAGAUCUUCAGAUCCUUGCCGGCUGGCUACAACAUCCCCAGACAAGUUCUGGACCAGUACCUCUCUCUGCUGGUGGAUGACCCGAUGGAGUUUGUGAGCAAAGCUGGCGAGAGUGGAGGCGGGAUGUACGUUGUCAAUUUGCACCGAGUACUUUCCAAUCUAGCGCGAGCCACGCUGGAGUCUGUCGUGCAGGAGAGGUUCGGAUCCCGAUCGGCGCGCAUCUUCCGCCUAUUGCUGAAGAAGAAACAUCUGGAGCAGAAGCAGGUGGAGGAUUUUGCCAUGAUUCCCGCCAAGGAGGCCAAAGACAUGCUCUACACGCUUCUCUCACAGAACCUGGUCCAGCUCCAGGAAAUCCCAAAGACUCCAGACUUUGCUCCGUCUCGCACGUUUUAUCUUUACACCGUCAACCAGCUCUCGACGGCCAGGAUGCUGCUUCAAAACUGCUACAAGACGGUGGCAAACCUCAUCCACAGACGUCUGUUUGAGACAUCCAACAGCAAGCGUCUCCUGGAGAAGUCUCAGCGCAUCGAGGCCAUCCUGGCCUCCUUGCAGGCCGGCGGGGCCGAACCGGAGCAGCUGACGGAGGUGGAGGAGAUGAUCACGGCUCCCGAAAAGCAGCAGCUGGACUCCCUGCGGCUUCAUAUCAAUAAGUUGGAUUCGGCCGAGAACCAAGUGGACGAAACCAUUUUCCUGCUCGAAUCUUACAUCCACGCCACCGCCUCGUCCUCAAGUUGAGUCAUCCCUUAUCGUAUUUGCAAACUGUCAAAACGUCAAUUCAUGAUUUUAUAGUUGAUUUAAGUCAGUUGUGAAUUUUUGUCCAGUUUAGCAAUGAUUGUUUAAUAAAAAUCUGAGUGGGAU